CAUACACAAACUCGCAACCGCCGAAGAAACUCACACUAAUAUUCCGAUUCGAUUAUAAAAAAAAGGGCACCAAUAUUCAUGGUAGUGGCCGCCAAAAUAUUAGCAAGUGUAAUCCAAUUGUGACUUUAUAUCUUUCCAUGGAAUCACCGAAUCUAAAGGAUGCUAACAAAGCGGCAGAAACGGCAGCCAAAGAAAAUGCCGCCGAUAAGGUAAGCGAGGUGGAAAAUGCAACAACGGUGGUAGCGGGGGAGGCGAAAGUCGAGGGGUCCCCGGAAAAGGGGACCAAAGAUGCAGCCGAGUCCCCUGCCGCUGAUGAAAACGACGCCGCUGCUGCCGCCACUGAUGACGUCGCUGAUAAAAAAACCAAAGGAGACGCAACGGCAGUUUCAAAAACCGAAUCGGAUGCAGCUGCGGCGGACAAAAAGGAGAAGUCUCCCUCACCGGCAGUGAAGAAAUCUAAUAGUAAGGAUGCCAAAAAGGAGGAGAAUUCGGAAAAAGAAGAUGAGAAUACGGAGGACGGUGAUGAACCGGAGGAGGAGGACGAUGACGAGAAGGGCAGCGAUGCUGAAAGCGAGAAAAAGAAAUCAAAAUCUGAAGCUGAGGAUAAGAAAAAGGAUGCCGCAGAUGAGGUCAAGCCAAAGUCCGGAGCGGAAAAGGCCAAGAAACCGGAGCCAAAAGCUAAGAAUGGCAAGGUGGCCAAAGAGGAGGACGACGAGGAGGAUGACGAGGAAGAUGAGGAGGCGGAAGAUGGUGACGGAGACGAGAACGAUGGCUUAGACAAGAACAACGAGGUGGCCGAAGAUGAUGAGAAUGUCGUGGCCCUGGCCGAGAUUGAUCGCAUCAACGAGAACAUCAACAAGACUCGCGUGGAUGGUCUGCAGACCUUGCAUGCGCUCUGUUUCGGUGCUCAGGGAAAGAACAAUGUGGUUAAGAAGAAUUUGCGCUCCUUUGCUGGCUUUGAGUUUGCCAAGGAUUCGGCGGAGUACAACAAAAAACUAGAUGCCAUUAAAAAGGUUGACAAUAAGGGCCUGCGCAGCAUCUGCGAGAUCCUUACUCUCGAUCGCAAGGGCAGCAAGAACGAGACUGUUUUGCGAGUGCUCAAAUUCCUAAUGGAACCUGACGAAUCGCUUUGCUUGGAGCAGGGUGAUGAUGAGGAGGAAGAUCCUGAGGACGAGGAUUUGGAUGAGGAUGAGGAUCCACCCAGCGAAGAGGAUAAAAAACGCAAGAGCGGAAAGUCGAGCGGAAACGCUGGCAGAGGCUCGGCACGCAAUUCCACCGGACGUCCCAGACGUUCUACGGCAGGAAAAAAAAUGUCCGCCUAUGUAGAUUUCUCUAGCUCUGAAGAGAGCGAACAGAAAGUGGCAGUGCCGAAGAGGAGACGCAAUGACGACUCUGAAUCGGGUUCAGACUAUAAUCCCUCUGGCAAUUCAGACUCCGAUGGUGGUCGUGGUGGUGGUGCUGGUGCAGCAGGUCGGAAAGCCCCAAGUCGCGGCCGACCGGCGCGCAAAAGUCGCAGAAGAAAUUCUGAUUCCGAGGAGGAAGAGGAGUCUGAAAUAUCCGAAGCUGAUAGUGAUGUCCCAAAACGUAAACGCGGUGCUGUGGGCAAACGAGGACGACCAGCAGCUCCGGCGUCAGCUGGACGAAGAGGUCGAGGACGUGGAGCAGCUUCACGAAAGCGCAAAGAUUCAGAUAGUGAAGAGGAGGAGGUAUCUGAAGAUGAAGAGGAGGACAUCUCUGAUUUUGGUAGCGAUCAAAGCGAAGAGGAACGUCCCAAAAAGAGUAAGAAGCCCACUACGCCUGCGAAAAAUAGCAAAGCUAAUAACAAGUCAAAACCAGCUGGAAAGGCCGAUGGUCGAAAAAAAUCAAAGAAAGAAUCGUCCGAGGAAGAGGAUGAUGCCGAUGACAAAGAUGAAUCCGACGAGGAUGAGCCACUAACCAAAAAGGGCAAACUGGCAUUCCCAACGGAUGAACAAAUUCGCGGUUAUGUAAAAGAAAUCUUAGAUAAAGCCAAUCUGGAGGAGAUAACCAUGAAAACAGUGUGCAAGCAGGUGUACGCGAAAUAUCCAGACUUUGAUCUAACAGACAAGAAAGACUUCAUUAAGGCCACAGUCAAAGCGUUAAUUGCGACAUAAAACCACGUAGAAACAGAGGCACUUUGAAGACGGGGAAGGGUCCAGGUUCUGUAGUCAAACAAAGCAUAGUGUAUGCCGAGACAGAAGAAAGAUGGGCAUGGUUUGCGAAAUGUCACUCUUAGUAGUUGUCCUAUAAGUAUAUGAUUUGUACUCCUAUCCUAAAAGCUAUCUGCAGUUAACCUUAAUCCUAACGUCGGCGGCAGUAGACUUUCCAUUCUUUAUAUAUAUUCAUCUGUAUAUAUAACUUUUGAUUUAUCUAACCUAACACACGCAUACACAUCAUUUUCUAUUUUCUUGAAAGUAUGUGCUCUCGACAGCUCUGCAAAAAGUGUGUAAAUUAAGCAAAGAGAAACUUGUAAAAAUCCGAUAAAAAAAAAACGAAACAAGAAAACUAAACUGUAGUGCAUUUUGAUUUGACGUUCAACAAGAAAUUAUGUAUUUAAAAUUAAGGCACACGAAAUAAUAAACAAAAAACAAAAUUAAAAAUUGAUAAAGGCUUGGAAUAUUAUAUCUAAAAUUCACACACUGGCAGCAGUACAAAAAACGAACGAAAAAAAAUUGAAACUUUUUAAAAUUUAUACAUUAACAAGAAAUUGAUUCUUUUGGGCGAGAGUAAUUUUAAGGCACACUAAAGCGGAGCUAGUGAUUCUAAUUAUUAGCAGAUGUUUCCGAUAUAAUUUGAAACCCAUUUCGAUACCCCCCAUACCCCAAAUCUUGUUUAGCUUAAGUGCUCGGACCCCAGUGUGAUUGAGGAUUGGAGAAGGUUUCUCGGCUAAUUAACUAGAGACAAGCUCACACCGAAAAUGUGAGUAAAAUAAACAAACAGAAGAUUGAAAAACGGAAUGAGAAAAUGAAUAAAGUUAUAUAUUAUAAAUAUUAGAUAUUUACAAGGUAAAAAUAGAUGUAUGUUAAUUUUAAAAGGGAAAAGAGAAUAGAAGAAAAACUGAAAAUCCAACGAAAAGUUGAAUUGCCAGCAAAAGAAAAAAGAAAAUCCGUUUAAAUAUUAUUAUCACAGCCGCAUCUCAAUGUAAGUUCUCUUGUAGUAAACUCGUAAAAAAAAAGAACAAAAAUGUCAAAAGCAAAAUAAGAACUUUAAAACAAAUCCACUAAAUGAAGAAAAUCAGUUUAGCCCCAAAAAUUGGCAACUAAGCUAUAUACUCUUAUGCAUUCUGUUCUGUUUUAACUUUGAAUGUUCGCUGCAAAGUUCUAGAGGGACAAAACAAAAAGAAUGCAGUGUAUCAGUAAUAAAAUGCUACAAAAUAAAGGAAGUAUUUAUUAUUCUCGGGAUUGGGAUGAAAAUUAUGCGAUGGAAAUAGGUACUCAGUGAUCUCAAAAGAUCCAUAAUUCCAAUUAUCUCUAAUUUCGACGAAAAAAAAGGUUUUAUUUUGUGUUGUGAAAUGGGGAAGUUUAUUUAGAAAAUUUAAUUUUUCAAUAAUGACAUUUAAGACUAAUACUUAAUUGAAUUUAAACGGUUUAAAAUGUAUUAAAAAAUUAGUCUAGUUUCUGUCAGGGAUUUGACCAGGAAGCUAUUGCGCAGACAAAAUGCUGAAACAUACAGAUAGUCAGUUAUGAUUCAGAUAUAUAAUAUAUUGGUAAAAAAAAAAAAUGAGGUUAAUAUAUAUAUGAAAAAAAUUGAAAAAUUUCGGGACACAAAUACAUAUACAUAUAUGUCAAUGAGGAUAUAAUAUAUAUAAUGAGAAUACAGAAGGAGGAAUGAACUUUUCUCUCAAUUGGUCCUGCAAAUAGAUCAAAGCACGUAAUUUAAAUCAAAUAAAUGGAAAUGUAUGCAGAAAUGUAAAUUUCAAAAAUAUCAUUUGAUUGCAAAAUAAACGGCUUGACAUUGGACCCAAAUAAAAUGCUUAAAGGAAUAGGUUAUUAAACAUACUACACGAUAUGUUAUAGAUGCUUGGGUCAUACUUACCUUUGGUUACGAAGAAUCGACACCUUUUGCUAGAAUGAAAAGAAGAAAAGCGACUUCCCACAACCAUUUAAAAAUUGGGCUAUUCCUUUUCAAACUGCCAUAAUAAUAACUUGUUUAAAUUGUUUCAAUAGUUUGUUUUCCAAAAACCUGAGUUACUCUUAAUAUACCAAAAGUAUAGUAAAUAUAUAUAUAUAUAGUAUACGAAAUAUGGAAAUCUAUAAAUAUAGGACAGGCUUGGGAGCCAAUGUUAACCGCUUAUAUA